ACUGUAUUUCCGGUUUUUGCACAGUAUGAUAGUACCAAGUUCCACAAUUUGGAAUUCUUUUUUCGGUGACUCACCUUACGGGUUUUUUAUUUUUAUGCGGGUGUUUCUUUUUCUUGCAUGCUAACAAAAAAGUCGCGAGUCUUACAAGAUGUCAAAAUCUCUAUCAUUUCGCUUGCAAGUAAGCUCCAUAAUGGAGAUAAUGACUAAAACGGCAAUAGAGGAAAUAUGCAAAAUUGUAGACAGCGAUUUUGUGUUUUUACGACAAGAACUGUCUCGGGUCGUGAGUGAAAAUACAGUUCUUAAAGACAAAAUGCUCUGUCUCGGGAGCGAAAGGCAAGAAGAAAGCACGCGCAUCACAAAGGAAGAUACACGCGCUGGCUCCACGAUCUGUCGCUCUGUUUGCGUUCAAACCGGAGAUGGAGCGGAGCCCUCAAUCAAAGGGAUAUUUGGGAAGGAGUGGUGUUCCAGUUUGUGGGAUCGGAGAAACGAGCCCAGAGAAGAUGAGCUGGCGAUCGAUGUCGACCUGUACAGUCUGUCGCCUUAUAAGCACAAAGAACAAGAGCACUCCAACCUGGUCAUAAUCAAAGAGGAGUGUUUUGAAGUGGACACUUAUCCCAGUUUUACAGGGAAAACAACCCAGGUUUCAAGAGGACAGCUGCCAUCUUCUGCAUGUGAGCCGCUGGAAGACUCAAAAAGUUUCGAUGGCCAUUUUGUGUCUGGCGAAUUUUCAGAAAUAUCAGAAAUACAAAACGCAUCCUCUGAUUCGUCAGACAAACUCUCUUCAAAAAACUCUAUUGAUGAUGCUGUCGAUCAGUUAAUAGCACCAAUAGAGGAUCCAUUGGAAUUUGAUGGUCACUCUAUACUCAACCAAUUUUCAGCAGAGCACAAUGGCCAGUUUCCCUCCGAGGCUCAGGAGGAUGAAGAAGCACAGGAAAUAUAUGAGGAUGCUGCAACCAUGACAGAACAUUGCGAAAAGAGAGUAAAGGUACAGAAACCGCCAAACAAUUUCAGUUGCUAUGACGGCGGGAAGGCGUUUCUUCGGAAAAAUGCUGCCAAAACCCGUCUCCGAAAACAUCGAUUUUCAAAGUUGAAAUCGAACGAGAAGUUUCAGUGUGACGUCUGCGGGAGAUGUUUUCAUUCAAACACCAAUCUCUCGGUUCACUAUUUGGUCCACACAGGGGAAAGACCCAAUAAAUGCAGUUUUUGUGGAAAAGGCUUCUCCCAGAAAGGAAAUUUGCAAGUUCAUGAACGCAUCCACAGAGGAGAAAGACCUUUUAGUUGUGUCACCUGCGGAAGGAGUUUCACACAGAAAGUUUGUCUACGAAAUCACGAACGCAUCCACAGAGGAGAACGACCUUUUACUUGUAUAACUUGCGGAAAGGGUUUCACCCAGAAAGUCACCCUCCAACAACACCUCAUUGUCCAUGACAGAAUGGCUAAACCAGUCAGGAGGAAACCUCCUGGUCACCGGAGGAAAAAACACCGUGAUAUAAAUUAUAGCUUUAUGUAGCACAAUUCUUUUGGUUAUUUCUCGAUUUGAGAUCGCAGUAGCUGUUUAAAAUGAAAUACGAACCGUGGAAAUGUGAGGUUGCAGUACCUUAAAAAGAAUGUCUCUGUGUAUUACUGUAGAUCAUAGCAGAAAUAUAUAGUCAGGUAUGACUGUGUAUUACUCUGUAAUGUAGUUGUUAUCCCACCAAAUAAUUAGUUUCUUCUGUUACACCAAAGGCACAGUCUUUCUGGUGAUCUUUGACAUCUGGGCUAUAUAUAAAAAAAUCUCUUAUGCUCACUAAGGCUGCAGAAAUUUUAUGAAAACUACAAUAAAACAGUAACAUUUUCAAAUAUUAUUACAACUAAAAAUAAGCCUUUAAUAUUUCAGUAUUAAAAAACUAGUUUAUUCCUGUGAUGCAAAGUUGAAUUUUCAGCAUCAUUACUCCAGUCUUCAGUGUCACAUGAUCCUUCAGAAAUGAUACUUAUAUGCUGAUCUUUAAUGCUGAAGUAAUAUAUAGAACUUUUCAUUCUUUAAAGAAUCCUGAAAAAAAUGUAUCAUGUUUCCAUAAAAAUGUUAUGCAGCACAAACUUUUCAUCACUGAUAAGAAGAAGAUAUGUUUCUUGAGCAGCAAAUCAGAAUGAUUUCUGAAGGAUCAUGUGACACUGAAGACUGGAGCAAUGAUGCUGAAAAUUCAGCUUUGCAUCACAGGAAUAAAACAGAAAAGAGUUCAUUUAAAUUGUAAUAAUAUUUCAGCAUAUUACAGUUUUUACUGUAUUUUUGAUCAAAUAAAUGCAAAAACUUUUGAAUUGUAAUGUGUGUAUAUAUAGUCUAGAUAUAAAAGACCACCAGAGGUAAACGUAUCAGGCUUUAGGCUAAAUUAUUUUAUUUUUUUUCUGAAUACAGUCCCUGUUUAAAAUAUCAUAAUAUUAUAUCAGUUUUGGGUCAUUAGUGUAAAGCAACCAGUAACACUACUUGGUCUUUACGGAAACUAAUUUCAGUAGUAUGUACAAUGCUUCUAGAAGUUUGAGUUGUGUAAUGAAGUUCUAGAUUGCAUGUGUAAGCAAAUGUGUAAUUUCAACCAUGCUGAAUAAAGAAGUGGUUUGCAUGAUUUCA